AUUUGUUUAAUUGUUGAGUUUAUAAAACAUUUUUUAAUAAUUAAUUUUAAUAAACACUAUUUUAAGGUUUAAAGGGAUUAGAAAUUUUGAAAAUCAUAUUUUGAAAAUGUAUUUCCGUUUUUAUAUAUUCAAUCGAUAACUGACUUACAGUUAAGGUAUGUGUGCUUUGAAUGUGAAGAUAAAUAACUGAAGACAACAACAACACUAAUGAGGGACUCGUUUGAUCGCUUCGGCGAUGAUUUAGUCGAACUAUUGUUGUCGUCGAUGAAGACUACAAUUGAAGACAAAUUCAAAUUACAAUUAGUAUCAAAACAGUGGCAAAGAUUGAUAUUCAAUGGACAGACAGACAUCCAGAUUGACUUAUAUUAUCAUAAUUAUAGUCAAACUGUUAAGUUGUUUGCGGCGAUUAUCCUAAAGUGUCCAAACAUUAAAACACUGGCCAUUUCUUACCACUACUAUAAUAUGGUUUCGCAAAACAAUAGAAUUGAUAGCCUAUUGGUAAAACUUUGUCGGUAUUUGCGUCACUUAAGUCUUCAAUCAAAAUGUAUGGAAAGCCUGAUUAUCGACCGAUUAUUGGCCGCAUUUGGACGUCAAUUGAAGACAUUAAAGUUGAAUGAAUUUAUAGUAGACAAUCAUCGGGUGAUGAUUAACUAUGUCAUACAGUAUUGUCCGCAACUCAACAAACUUGUUAUCAACGAUAGAAAUAUCAAUAAUUUUAUAGAUUUUCGACACUAUUUUACUGACGACACGGGAGUAAACUGUAUUUUGUCGACAAUUAAACUAAAGUCGAUUACAUUUGAAUUGUCAACUGAAUGUCAGUCACUGUUUGAUAAGUUUGCCGCAAAUUAUGCCAACCAAUUGACAUCACUGGACAUUGUCAUCAAUUUUCAUAACAAAACAGUUAUCCCGUUAUUUGUUAAGUCCUUAACACAGUUCUGUCAAUUAAGACGAUUACGAUUAAAAUGUAUACUAUUUUAUGACAUACUUAUCGAUAAUUUAAUAAUUAAUGGAUUUAGCGGUUGGUGUUUGAAAUUGAAAAGUUUAUCAAUUGUUGCAAACUUUCAAACGAUCAGUGAUUAUCAAUGCAUUCAAUUGAUGGACUCAUUGGGCAAAGAUCUCAAACAAUUGAAACGAUUGGCCAUUGAUUGUCAUGUUUUGACUAAAUACGGCAAAAUACCAAAACUAACGAGUAAUUCAUUAAUACAAAUGAAACAAUUGACACAUUUGUCGCUGAAUUUAGAAAAGAUUUAUUUUUGCGAUCAAUUUUUCCACAAUAUUGUCAAACAUUUACCGCGACUUCAAUUGAUUGACAUAACUAAUGCAGACAUCACCCGCCGGUCACUGCAAUCACUGUCCCGAUUGCGUAAAUUGAAAUCCGUACGAAUAGCCAGUUGUCGUAACCGUGUUAUCGCUGACCAAUUGAUUAUCGAUGAUCUGAUUACGGCUAAAUCGAUGGUCACCAAUGUUUGCAUAACGUAUAUAACUAAACUCAUUAGAUUAUUAUCCGGGGUCAAUUACCAGUGA